AAUAAUGAGGUUGCUAAUGUUUCUGAUUACUUUUCUUCUUGAAAAUUUUGUUUUUUCAUUAGAUGGAGGUCACUGCAGUCUGGAUGGUUGCAGUGGAUCAUGGGAGAUGAAUAAUGCAUCCAUUUUUUCAACCAGGACGGUCCUUGGUAGGAAGCCACACCCACUUUAUGAUGUUCACGAAAGAAAUGAUGUAUAUUUCUCAAUUAAAUCAACAGAAAAAUAUCAUGAGAGUAGACUCCACCUGCUAGCAUUGACCUGGUUUCAAACUGUACACCCUCAUAACUUACAUAUAGUCACUGAUACUGAAGAUACCACAACGGAACUACUGAGAGACUUUGGUUACACUGUUCACAUUGCUGGUUGUCCCAAAGGUCAUACUCAUCAACCAAUGGCCUGCAAGUGUGGAGUAGAAUUUGAGCAGUUUUAUAUUGCAAAAGAAAACGGGAGCCAUUACAAUUGGUAUUGUCACUUGGAUGAUGAUAUGUAUCUAAAUGUGUUGGCUUUGUUUGAAUUGUUGGAUACGCUUAAUCCACUGGACAGCCAUUACCUUGGACAAAGAAGUAUCAAUAGGAGAAUUGAUAUUAGAGAAGAUUUCAAGAGAAAGAAUAACAUAUUAAGAGAUUCUUAUUAUUUUGCAACCGGUGCUAUUUACUGUAUCAGUACUCCAUUGAUGGAGCAGCUGGAAUAUUAUUUAAGAGGGAAAGAGAAAAUGAUGAGAUAUUCAGGAGCAGCUGGUGUCCCAGACGACAUGUUAAUAGGACUAAUAAUAGAGGGCAUCUUGGGGUAUAAUUUAACAGAAGUCUCCACCAUGAACUCUCAUCUCUUCCCUUUAAAAAGAAUAUCAACCACUGACCUUGUCAAACAGAUAACGAUCAGUUAUGGUAGUUGGAAUAUCAAUGGUAAAGAAAUUAAAAAUAUAAUAUCAAUUGAAGAUGAUUUAUUUGAUGAUAAUGAAGAUCCAACUAGGUUUCUUUCCUAUCACUGCCUCCUACACCCAUCAACACGAUGGUGCCAUAGCAACGAAAAGACAUAAUAAUAGU